AUGGACUGGAAGAAGCUCCAGGACUUGCUGAGCGGUGUGAACCAGUACUCCACAGCCUUUGGGCGCAUCUGGCUGUCGGUCGUGUUCGUCUUCCGGGUGCUGGUGUAUGUGGUGGCAGCUGAGCGCGUGUGGGGUGACGAGCAAAAAGACUUUGACUGCAACACCAGGCAGCCUGGCUGUACCAACGUGUGCUAUGACCACUUCUUCCCUAUCUCCAAUAUUCGCCUCUGGGCCCUGCAGCUCAUCUUUGUCACGUGUCCCUCUAUGCUGGUCAUCUUGCACGUAGCCUACCGCGAGGAACGGGAGCGCAAGCAUCGCCAGAAGCACGGGGAGCAAUGUGCCAAGCUGUACAGCCAUCCUGGCAAGAAGCACGGUGGCCUGUGGUGGACCUACCUGCUCAGCCUCGUCUUCAAACUCAUCAUUGAAUUCGUCUUCCUAUAUGCCCUACACAAGCUCUGGCACGGCUUCACCAUGCCGCGUCUGGUACAGUGUGCCGGCGUGGAACCCUGCCCCAACACCGUGGACUGCUACAUCGCUCGGCCCACGGAGAAGAAAGUCUUUACCUACUUCAUGGUAGGCGCCUCCGCUGUCUGCAUUAUUCUCACCAUCUGUGAGAUCUGCUACCUCAUCUUCCACAGGGUUAUGCGAGGCCUGAGCAAGUCUAAAAAGAGUGGCAUCUCCCCAAAGUCCUCCAGCCGAGCCUCCACUUGCCGCUGUCACCACAAGCUUCUGGAGAGCGGAGACCAGGAACCAGACCAAAGCGAUGCCAAGCCGCAGGCUUCAGCUCCGAAUCUGACCCCCAUUUGAACCUCAAGCUGGAUGAGUGAAGCAGGGAGGUACUGCGGGUGGAGGGGUCCUUAGCGGGGCUGGGUGCCCCCACUUUGAAUUCACUAAGCAAGCCAGUUUUGUUUGAUACAGAUAUUCUGGGUUCUGUGCUGGCUACCUGGUAUAGGUAACAUGGCAAACCCAGCUUCAGAGAGACAUUUAGAUUAGCAAAUUAACUACAUGCGUGCAAGGGUCUAUUCAGCUGAGCUGGAAAGCAGUGCUUCUACCUACCCCAGGGGACUGCCAGGCCAGGCAGCCUCGCAGAAAAGCACAGUGGA